UUAUCUCGGAUAUCUGAAUUGUGCGCCCGCGCCGAGGAAACAACGCCACUGCUGUUUUUUUACUGUUGGCACUUUCCGCGUACCGUUCAGUGUGACUCGACCGACGCGCCAAGCAGCAAGGUGUCGAUGGCUUUGUGCGAAAAAACGUGAUAAUAAAUUGCCUAUACAGCGCUGUUUGAUGGAAACCGAUGAGAUUCGUACUGUCAAAAAUGAGACUUUGCUGAGUUUUCGUAUUUACGCGAACGUCAUUUUAUCGUUCGGGAAAUUGUAAUAUUUGAACGUUUCAAAGGAUUUGGCUAUUCGUGGAAUUCGAAAUUGAUAGAAAAUAGAUAAGGCGCAAACAUGACUGAUGGUAUUACGAAUCAGGCAUACUCUGAGGUCGGGAGAAAGAUCAGUGGACACAGCUUAAACAUAUCGAUCAAACUUGAGGACGAAGAUUCGAUUGAAUCUGAAGAUUCUCCAUCGAAAGAAGCGAAGAGACUUUCAAUUGAAGACAGAAGUGGGCCAAUACAUUGCUUUCGAGCCUUUGUAUCUGAGCAUGGCAGAGUGUUCCGAUUUUGGGGGAUCACAAUGUUAAACAUUGCCAUUAUCACCUACUUUGUUUUUGCAAGUCUCUAUUGGUAUAAAAAUGAGAAUGAUCAUAGCAAACUACAAUGGUGCGAUGGAUAUGGAAUGUUAGUUUUACUCGUAGGAUUCGCGUACUUUGGACUUUUCUAUACGAAAAUCUUCAAACGAUAUUUUGGUAGUCCCAUUGCAAGUUGUUUACUACCAUGUACGCGACAGAUAUCAAGUCUUAAACAUAGAGGGCGCUUUUGCUGCGUAACACAAACAGUAUUCUGCUCGGCAAUAUUCGCCGCUAUAAUAAUCUUUUUAAUCCUGGAUACAGUUGAAUCGAGAAACAGACUGAUAAGCUUUACUGGCGUUGUCGCUAUAUUGGGAUUUGGCUGGAUUUUCUCCAAACAUCCGUCCAAAGUAAAUUGGAGGACUGUAUUGUGGGGCUUAAUACUUCAAUUCGCCUUCGGGCUUUUCACUAUAAGAUGGGCAGUUGGUCGGGGAAUUUUCGCGUGCGUAUCGAAUAAGGUCGCAACCUUUUUAAAUUUUGCACAGUCUGGAGCCAGUUUUGUAUUCUCCGAGGAACUAGUUCAAAAUGGUGUAUUUGCAUUCUCUGCCCUCCCAGUCAUAUUUUUUUUCAGUUUUAUGAUUCAAAUUUUGUAUUAUUGGGGUGUGAUGCAAUAUAUUAUACAUAAUAUCGGAUGGGUUCUGCACGCAAUUAUGGGCACGACGGUUUGCGAAUCCAUAAACUCCGCUGCAAACACUUUUAUAGGAAUGACAGAAUCACCCCUUUUGAUCAAGCCAUAUUUGGGCAAACUGACGACUUCAGAAAUUCACGCUAUAAUGUGUUCUGGAUUCGCCACAGUUUCUGGGACAGUCAUGGCAGCCUACAUAAAAUUCGGAGCUAAUCCCGCGCAUCUUAUUACGGCUUCGGUUAUGUCAGCCCCAGCAGCACUGUGCUACUCGAAAUUGUUCUAUCCCGAAACUGAAAAGAGCGUCACGACUUUCAAAAAUAUAACUCUUGAAAAGUCUCAAGACUCUAGUGUUAUCGAUGCCGCGACGAAAGGUGCUCUUGCAGGAAUCCCGCUUCUCUUGGGCAUUAUCGCCAACAUAAUAGCAUUUGUGUCUGCAGUUGCAUUUUUAAAUUCCAUUCUUUCUUGGCUAGGUACGCUCGUAGGCUUCGAAGAAAUCACGUUUGAGUGGCUACUCUCGAAGGCUUUCAUGCCACUAAGUUGGCUAAUGGGAGUACCUUGGGAAGAGUGCGAAGAAGUCGGCACCCUGAUAGGCUUGAAGACAGUAGUGAACGAAUUCAUAGCAUAUCAAAAGCUGGGCCAAUUUAAGGACGAGAACAGACUCUCGCCGAGGACCGAAGCGAUCGCCACUUACGCGAUUUGCGGCUUCUCGAAUCCAGGCUCGAUCGGCAUUAUGAUCGGUGGUCUCACCACUAUGGCCCCCGAAAAAAGAGAACAGAUUGCCAGUGUAGCAAUGAGGGCUUUUAUCGCUGGAAGUCUUGUGUGCUUCUUAACAGCCAGUAUAGCAGGUAUGCUUAUAGACGACAGUUUUCUGGAGGCUUCCAAAAUCGAUGUCGUGAACGGUACAAUGCUCGGGGCUCCUUAGAGCUGAAAAUGUAAACAUUUUUAGAAACGCAUAUUAUACUACAAACCUUCAUGCCGAUUUUAGAGGAAUUUAUCAUUAACUACUUGCGGUUGCGAUUGUAAAGAUCAUUCAUUUAGAUAAAACGCAAGGAGGUAUUGAACGAAGUAUGAUAGGCCAGCAGUACCAUAAAAGGAAUACUAGAAAAGGCAUAGUCCCUGACACUUAUUCUGAGAAAGUGCCUCAAGGUCUCAGUAAAUGUGGAAUAAAGCAAAUCUAUUAAUUCACCGAGCUUACAUUGUUAUACGUGAAUAGGUUAAUAUUAGAACGACGAGUGAUCUCAAGUUGUAUUGCGAAACGUGAUUAUUUUGUACAAUAAAUGCUGUUAUAAAAUCUAAA